AUGUGUGCAGUGUCCAAGCCUAUGAAUCAAGAAAGCAGGGGACAUGGUUAGUAAUAUUUUUAUGCUUAAGUGGAUCUCGUUUGUGACUUAGAUUCAGGGAUAAACCUAUCCUGUUAUACAUUGAAAUUGGCAACAAUAACCUCAGUGACACCAACUUAGGGCGCCUUGGAUCAAAGGAGGUACCCUUCGAAACAUUGAUAUUAUCCGAGAAAUGCAUUCAUCUUUUAUGAACCUUGCAACUCAGGAUCUAAAAAUAUGCUCUCUACUUGUCCUUUAUUGAGAGGAAUCCAAUGUAUUGGAGAUUGAGACAGCCGUUACUAAUGGGGUUUAUCUUGAUAUUGCUGUAUAAUUUGGUGAGGAUGCACUCGAUAUUCCGUUUCCAAUUGUACAAAUGACUCCCUGCUUCUAAUUGUACAACUUGUAUUUUUAGAUUUCUGGCUUUAAAAAUCUGAAAAUCUAGAGAUGAAACAUCCUUGUAAUGAUUGCAGAGUCUGUGAAGGAGAUCUACCAAAAAAUGCUUAAAUCGGUGGAAGCUGAAACCAUGCCUCCCAAUGCAUGGUUGUGGUCACUUAUUGGCAGUUGUUCUAAUCGGGAAGAUAUCAAACUUCUUUUCAAAAUUCUGCAGAACCUGCGGACAUUUGUCAGUCAAACAUCUUCGUCUUAAAUUGGACUUUUUAGAUAUUUCUAAUUUCUGUUCGGAUUCUGUCCUCUUUUAUUUUCUUUCCAGGACUCUUAGUGUUAGACUUCUCAAGCUGUUUACUUGGUUACAGAGGCUUUCAAACCUUCGGAUUCAUUCAAAUUUCAACUGUCAUCUUUGCCUCAGGGUAACUGAGGCAUGUGUUCGAGCAAAUUCUCUUGACUAUGGUAACAUACAUUUAACUUUUUUUUUUGGUUCCAAACAUGUACAUAGCUUUAUUGAAACAAAUGGUUUUUGGAUCAAUGAGUUCUGACAUAUCCCUGUCACUUACGAAUGUGUUUGAACAUUUUUUCUUUAUUGUGGUAGUUCAUAUCUUACAUCUGCUGUGUUCUGAACUUUUCCAUUGGUUUGUUUGAACAUAUGCUGAUUUACUUAAUUAAACACUUCAUAUCCCAAAUUAUGGGUGAUACCUUCUUUCUGAUUUUGCUCGAGUAAUUUCUGCAUUCUUUGAACUAAAUAAGAAAAAAAUUGUCUUAUUGUUUCUGCGGCCGGACCAUAAUAAGGUUGCCCCCUUCACACCCCAUGAUGCCAAUUUUCUGCAACCUCUUCUUUUGGCCUUGCUGGUAAGCAUUCUAUUGAACUCUCUAGGAUUGUUUUUCUUUUCUAUCUGUUUCUUUUCACUGUAUUUUCGUCCUUCUCUGUCAUUCCCUAUGUUAAGUGGAUCCAUUAGAUUGUUAACGGAUCCACUUAAAGUCCAAUGUAAUGGGCUUGGCCCAUCAACUCAUGUAACCUGUACUUAAUCGAGGAACCAAGAUAAUUGAUGUGAGAGUUUCGGAUUGUGGAAACUCUGCUCCAAGAAGUGUUGAUUGAUUCAUCUUCCUGGAAGAGGAGGUUCGUGAAGAUCAACUCCUUUCAUUCUCCAAGUUGCAAGAAUCUAAAUUAAGAUCAAUUCUCAACAUGGUAUUAGAGCGGUGCAGAUUCUUGUAGGAUCAGAUACUUCUCGUUUCUUAAAUCUUGUUUUUUCUUGUUUCUGUGUUGGAGCAACACCAAGGAAGAAAGAAACCUUCUGCAAGUAGUGAAUAGAGGCAUUUCAAAAAGUACGAAGGAAAAAGACUUUCAUAAUGCAUUCAAGGGAAGGCUCUUCAUCAUCCAUGGGACUCACAUCAUCUCCAUCGAUGACUGGAGAAAGGGAGAGACUAUAUCAUACUCUACCAAAUAUCUCAGAGAAACUUAGAUUCAAUGGAAUAAAUCUUCACCAAUGAGAGCAGUUUGUUGAUCUGACGCUUCUGAGAAUAGGCUUAACAAAUCACCUUAUAGAAGAACCAUUGAAGCAUUCAGAUCCAAAAUAUAGAGGAUGAAAAUCAGAAGAAGCUAUUAUCCAUACAUGGCUCCUCAGUACAAUGACACCAGAGAUGUACGAGAAUUCCUAUUCAUGCACUCAGUGAAGGAAUUGUGGGAUCAAAUUCACAAAAGAUGUUCAAAGAAACAUAAUAAUUAGAGGAUUUAUGGUCUGGUGUCUAAGGCAACACAUUUAGUACAAGGAAGUAAAUUAAUUAUGGAAUAUUUCGUGUGAAUUAAAGGCUAUAUGGAGGGAGAUUGACCAUUAUUGGUCAGCAAAGAAUCCUUGUUCUGAGCAACGCAUGUAUAUAUUGAAACACAAAACGUAUACAUUUCUAAUGGGACUGAACUCUGAUUAUGAAAGUCUCAAGGGUCAAAUUCUCCAUCGUGAGAAGCUACCUGAUUUGGAUGAAGCUAUCCAGAUUGUUAAGGAAGGAGGAGGCUUGCUCUACUAGGAAGAGGAUGAACAUGCAAUUCUGUCUGUACAACAGUCACCUUGGAAUGGAGUUAGUGAACACAAAAGAAUAGUAUACAAUUACAACAUUGUUGUGUUGGACAUCCUUCACUUGAUCUCCUAAAAACAUGGUUUCCUUCUAUGUUUGAAGGCGUUGAUGUAGAAACUCUAGUGUGUGGUGCUUGCCAGUUGGCUAAACACAAAUGUUCCUCAUUUGGAAAUACUCAUGAACAUAGUACAAACCCUUUAUAUGAUAUACACAGUGAUAUUUGGGGGCCAGCGCCUAUGACUAGCUUGUCUGGAUGCAAGUGGUUUAUCUUAUUUGUUGAUGACUGUACUAGGUUUACUUUAGUUUACCUCCUAAAAUCAAAAUCAGAUGCCACCCAAGUGGUGAAAUAUUUCUGUGAAAUGAUUUAUAAUCAAUUUGGAACUGUUGUCAAGAGGUUCAGAUCAGAUAAUGCUCGAGACUAUUUCAAUUCAGCUGUGUCCUCUUACUUUGAUCAGAAACGGUUAAUCAUGAGUCAUCUUGUGUCAAUACACCCCAACAAAAUGGGGUGGCUGAGAGAAAAAUCGGACACUUACUGGAUACAGUUAGGGUUCUUUUGUUUCAACAAAGGUUCUGAGGCAAUAUUGGAGUGAAGCUGUCCUCACUAGCACUCAUCUUAUUAAUCGGAUCUGAACAAAAAAACUAUCAUAUCAAAGUCCUAUGGGACUGUUGAGUAAAUUCUAUCCUCAUGUGAAACUAAAGACUCAUCUUCGUCCAAAGAACUUUAGCUGUACUGUUUAUGUUCAUGCUCAGGGCAUAGUGGGAAAACUUGAUCCACGAUCUAUAAAGCGUAUAUCUGUUGGGUACUCAACUACACAAAAAGGUUAUAAGUGCUAUAAUCCUGCUUUAAAAAAAUUCUUUAUCUCAGCUAGUGUGACUUUUAAUGAGUUGGAACCAUAUUAUGGGGUGAAAAAUCCAAAAAAUGAAUUCAUAUUAUGGGGAAAACUCGAUUGCUGCCAUUGAAUUAGAGGACACAAAUGAAUUCGUGAUUCAAGAGACCUAUUCCUAGAAUCAAAGAGAUACAAGUGUAUAGAAGAUGACCUAGAGUGGAUACACAAAAUAUACCAGCUGAGAUGAAUGAUUUACCUGCACUGCAGAGAGAACCAGCAGAAGAAACUAGUUCAAGUACAAGAGACACAUCUCAAAUUUAUAAUACUGAUCAAGAAGAUGAUCAUCAGUUCACUGAAGCUAUUGAUGAGGAGCAACUAGAUUGGCCCAUUGCCCUACACAAAGGAAAGAGAAGUUGUAUAAAUAAACCACUCUAUCCUAUGGUCAACUACCUAUUGUAUGAUAGGUUAGCACCAUCGUACAAGGCUUUUUGCAUGAACCUGAAGACAAUUGUUAUCCCCAAGACAAUGGAAGAGGCCCUGUCACACAAAGAAUGGAGUCAUGCCAUGGAUGAAGAGAUUAAUAGAGAAGAACUGUACAUGGGACUUAGUCCUUUUGCCUUUAGGGAAAAAAGUGGUUGGCUACAAGUGGGUAUAUACUCCUAAGUAUAAAGCUGAUAGAACAUUGGAAAGAUACAAAGCAAGGCUGGUAGCUAAAGGUUAUUCACAAUCUUAUGAAAUUGAUUAUUUUGAGACAUUUGCCCAUGUUGCAGAGCUGAAUACCAUCCAGAUACUUAUAGCAUUGGCAGUAAAUCUAGGAUGGGAAAUGCAUCAGUUUGAUGUGAAGAAUGCAUUUCUUCACAGAAAUUGGAGGAAGAAGUAUAUAUGAAUGUACCUCCAGGUUACACAUUUAUCCAUCAGAAUAAUAUUGUUUGCAAGUUGAAGAAAUCUCUAUAUUGCUUAAAACAGUCACCACGAGUUUGGUUUGGGAGAUUCACUCAAGCUAUGAAAGAAUUUGGGUACAUACAAAGCAAUAGGGAUCACGCUCUCUUCAUUAAGCAUGGUGAGCAAAACAAGGUCACAACCUUAAUUUUGUAUGUAGAUGAUAUCAUCAUAAAAGAAGAUGAUACUGAGGAGAUUAAAUGCCUUGACCAAAAUCUAUCUAAAGAAUUUGAUAUCAAAUCCCUAGGAAGGUUAAAAUAUUUUUUGGGAAUUGAAGUUGUGUAUUCAAAAGGUGUAUUUCUUUCACAACACAAGUAUAUUCUUGAUUUACUUCAAGAGACUGAAAAAUUGGAGUGUAAAUCUGCUGACACUCCAAUUGAUCCCAACUUAAGUUUGGGAGAAGGUAAAGACUCUGAUCAGGUGGACAAAAGCUCAUAUCAGCAGUUGACUGGGAGAUUGAUAUAUCUAAAUCAUACCUGUCUGAAUAUAACAUUGCAGUAAAUGUACUCAGUCAGCAUAUGAAUGAUCCAAGGGAGAUACACCUACAGGCAGCAUAUUGAGUGUUGGCAUAUCUAAAGACAACAAUAGGACAGUUCAAAAAAGGAGGGAAUCAAUCUGUUGAAAUCUACACUGAUGCUGAUUAUGCAGGAUCUGUUAUAGAUCACAGAUCAACCAUCGGGCUAUUGUACAUUUGUUUGUGGAAAUCUUGUGACUUGGAGAAGCAAGAAGCAACAAGUAGUUGCACGAUCUAGUGCUGAAGCAGAAUUCAGGGCAUUGGCUCAAGUGAUAUGUGAAGGUUUAUGGAUUCAAGGUUUGCUGGACGAAUCGAGACUCAACCAAUCAAAUCAUAUGAAAUUCUUUUGUGACAACAAGUCAGCAAUAGCUAUUGCCUGAAAUCUUGUACAACAUGACAGGACUGAACAUAUUGAAGUGGAUCAACAUUUAUCAAAGAAAAAGUAGAAACAGGAGAUGUAGAUCUGAUAUAUGUUGGGACAUCAGAACAGGUUACUGACAUAUUCACAAAGGGACUUACAAGACCAUUAUUUCAAAGGAUGGUGUCCAAGUUGGGCAUGGAAAAAUCCAUACCCAACUUGAGAAGGGGUAUUGAACUCUCUAGGAUUGUUUUUCCUUUCUAUCCGUUUUUUUCACUGUAUUUUCGUCCUUCUCUGUCAUUCCCUGUGUUAAGUGGAUCCAUUAGACUGUUAAUGGAUCCACUUAAAGUCUAAUGUAAUGGGAUUGGCCCAUUAACUCAUGUAACCUGUACUUAAGCGGGAAACCAAGAUAAUUGAUGUGAGAUUUUCGGAUUGUGGAAGCUCUGCUCCAAGAAGUGUUGAUUGAUUCAUCUUCCUGGAAGAGGAGGAUCGUGAAGAUCAACUCCUUUCAUUCUCCAAGUUGCAAGAAUCUCAAUCAAGAUCAAUUCUCUACACAUUCCCCUUUUCUUUUUUUCAUAUAUCCUCUUUCUUCUCUUCCACACCUGAUCUUUCUUAUGUUUUUUUGAAGGUGAAAAAUCCCAUAUUAGAAGGAAAAUAGGUACAACCUGCAGUAAGAGAGAAGAAUCCCACUCCUUUACGUUGAUGCUGUUACCUCUGCCAAUCCUGCUGUAGUGAGUAUCAGAUCCACAAAAAAUACCAAAAAUUCAGAAACUUCUAAACAAAAAAUACUACAGCAAAAAAAUGCCUUUAAAAAUUUCUGAUUCAUUAGCCACUUGGUGGGCAUGGUAUCUUGCAGCUCCUUCUGUUUCUCUUGGAAGAGAAAUAGAAUAUACAUAAUAGAAGUUUACAGGGAGAGAGUCAACCUCAGUUCUUUUUUUUUUUGGUGAUUUGUGUUUUUCCGCAAGUUCACCACCAGAAAUCAGAGGUCAGGUGUUCUUGUAAUAUUCUGGCCAUUAUCCUCCAUAGGAACAUUGUAACCCAGAAGUUCUCUAGUAGGCAGUGAACUGUUUCUUUGGUUGCCACCAAAUUAUGCUAUUAGAUUUAAUGUUUCUCUUGAGUUUCUUAAUUUAACAAUUAAUUCGAAUUAUUCUGUGGUGCGUUUCCCAUGGAAAUUCCUAACUAUGAUAGGGUGAUAUUUGAGAUAAACCAAUUUCGUAAAAGAUUUCACUGUUUUCUUGUAAGGUGAUCAACCUAAGGCACUUUGAUUUGGGUAGAGUGCAGUUAUCUUCUGUUUUGCUAAAGUUUAGGAGCUUUCAGGUUGCCUCUGCCAACUUGACUACCGCAAAGAUCUCACCUAUUGUAAUUUCUUUCAUUUCGCUUUUUUUAGUCGGCUAAUCUGUAGAUACCUAGUCUCUAGAGUUUGGUAUGUGCUUCAUUCCUCCUUCCAGUAUCUUAAAGCUUUUACUUUACCCAACUGGUUGUGAUUAUGUUUUUCAAGAAUUCUAGGUACGUUUUGAAUGAGGUUCACUGAUGGAGAACCAGUCUACAAUGAUACUCCGUUUAGGAUGGAUGAUUUAAUAUUUUCUGUUGAUAACAGAUGCCUGGAAUAGAUUAUCUACAAGAAGUCUGAGAGCUACUUAAUCAUUAGAGCUUUUGUUAUAUGUCUCAAUCUUCAAAAGUGUCACUCUUUUCUUCUACUGAACCUUGUCCUGUGAAAAGAGAUUCAAUCCUUUCCCGAUUUUGCUAGAUUGUUUCUGAAGAAAGAAGUUUCGAAUAAACUCUGUCCGUCUGUAAUUAUGCUUCCUUCGUUAGUGGCUCUCUUCUUAUGUGCGAGUGCAAUCCUUUCCGAAUAAACCUCAAUUGCAGUAUUUAUAGCUGUCAUAUUUGUGCCAAAAGUCAGUUAGGUUGGCUGAGUAGCAUUGGUCCAGGCAUCUAGAUUAAAGUUGCAAUUGUUUAGUUAUUUUGUCUGUUUAAGGUUGAACUAGUGAUCGUAUCCUUGUUUCUGUUCAUUUGUUAUUGCCAUUUACUUUGGAUUAAUCUUAUCAUAACUGUGGUUGCGCUGUUAUUAAUCAUGGUCGUUAGAGAUCAUCCUUAUGUUUACGAUUGAACACUGUUUUACUUGACAUUAAAGACGACUCCUACUCACUCAAAAACUGUACUGUGUCAUGCCUGCUACAAAUUAUGAGGGAAGGUAAGCAGUGAUAGCUUUUGUGCUACAUGGGCACCAACACUAACUCCUGUAUGUAAUUGGCUAUCUUUAUUGAUUUUCUAUAUUUCAUGAGACUGCAACAUGUAGGCCCCCGUGAUAUCCAUAUUCUUAUUGGAAUCUGAAGAGUUUAUUUUUCAUCCUAGAAUCGUCAUUUAUAAACAUUUUAAGAUGACAUGGAUCUCCAUCGUCUUGUUAAACACAUUUUGUCUGAAACUCUAAGAGACUACGAAAGUGCUAGUAUUAGCUUCAAAGUAUAUACGCAUGUUAUCAGGACUUGACAUUUCCACCGAUUUAUGUAAACCUUUAAGGGUGCAGGUUUCAUAAACUAUUAAAACUUGCUGAAGAAGUGGAGUUUUACUAGCCUGUUCAUGAAGUGGUGGGGGAGUGGCUGGCUGCUGUGCUUGUGGGGUUUAUCCUAAAAAAAAUAAUUCAUAUUUACUUAUAUUUUAUGGUGCUUGAGCUAGCAUAUUGAUGAAGUGGUGAGGGAUGGGCCUGCUGCCACGUUCUUGUGGGGUUUAUCCUGAACAUUUCAUAUUUAUUUAUAUUUUUAUAAAUCUUGCCACCAAAUCAAAGGAGUAUUUCUUUUCAAUUCUGAAUUUUUGUUUUCCGAAAUGAGCAACUAUUUUUUCUCUGCAAAUUAUCUGCUAUCUUUUGAGUUUAUUGGGAUGCGAUGUCCGAUGAGAAUUAAUGUGUUUUGUAGAAUCAACGUUUGAUAAUACAUUACCAACAUAUUUGUUGUUUCUAAACUUAAUUUUCUUUCGUACAUAGGUAAGAAGGCUCUUUGGAAACAUAAUGUCUAUGGACUUACACCAAGUAUUGGGUCUGCACAUUAUAUGUUGGUAAUAUGUUUAUUGGUCAACUAAUUCUCAAAAGUGUUGGUUAGGUGUUGUAAUGGUUCGACUGACCUAACAUUUGAUAAUACAAAUCUUCAGCGAUAUGCCAAAAAUCACAAUGAUCCUAAACUCAUGGUAGAGAUCAUGAAACUAUUGCGAAGGAACUCUUUACCUCUGCAAGCUGGUACAGCUGAUAUUGUUUUCAGGUACCUUGACUAUGGUUUCUGUUGUGUUUGUAGAAUGCUUGCUGAUCAGUCUCAAGCAUUGAUAUCUUGUAAUUGGAACUUUGUUUUCUACUUGGUCCAGACAACUUUACCCUGCUGUCAUUCAUUGUUGAUUAGGAUUCGUGCAAUUUUAAUACAAAUAAGUUUUUCAAAACACUUGCUUUGAUAGCGUGCACUCUUAGGAAUGAUUAAGAUUCCAUGAGCCGUGAUACCUAUGUGUAUAUAUUAUUUUUCCUAAAUAAUUUUCUCAUCUCUCUGUUUAACUAAUUUUAGUUGUAUUUCAUGGUUGUGUUGUUGUCUUCCUCAAAAACUAUUGUUAGGCGUCAACUUGAAUCCGUUAAACGAUUUCUUCGUGGAUGACUUGGUUUAUCUUCACAGAGACUUUCUUGAACUAUCUUACCCAUAAAUUAGUUAUGUUGAUACUUGUUUUGAUUAAUUGGCGAUUAUCAUCAAAAGGAGUGGAAAAAAAACACAAAACGUUGCACAUAUCUGAAGAUAAUAGAAAGAUGAACAAUACAAACUAAAUAGAAGGUUGUUGGUUUUUUGGGGAAACAGCAUGAAAAAUAUUUGUAUUCAUCUUCCUUCACAUCAAGUUGAAUUUGACGCUCUUGAGUGAGCUUCAAAUUAAAUAACUGUUUUCAACCCGUGUGUUUGGAGGCACCUGCUUGCUGGAAAUAAUGUUUACAUUUUGCUGUUGUCAUUUUUUCUCGAUGUGAAACCUGAUUCUCUAUCGUGGAUAUCAUGGUAGUUGUGUUUCUCAUAUAGAAUUUUUAGAUUGAUGUCAUGGUAUUCGUUUCAGCAUCUGCUACAAUACAGAUAGAUGGGAUUUGAUCUCAAAAUUUUCUAAAGUAUUCAUCCAGACUGGAGUGAAAUUUCAUAGAUCCACAUUCGACAUCUGGAUGGAAUUCGCUGCAAAAAUGGGUAUAUACAUUAUUCUGUUUAGAUGUUCUAGUGGCAUAUUUUUAAUAGAGUUAAGUUUUGAAUACUUCUUGAUUUGAUAUUUAUCUUCGGAGUCUUGCAUAAUGACUUCAUAUCAGCCAGUUCAUAUUCUGGGAGAAUUCAAUUAAUUAUCUUCCAUAGAGUACUUAGAAUGGCAGUUUUCUUUAUUCUUGUCUCACCCUGGCUGAAUUCUGAUGAGUAAUUUAUAGCAACUUUGUUUUCAAAAGUUCACUGAUCUGCUGCUAGUUUUAGUUUGAUUUUUUUUCUUUUUUUGUUGAAGCUAAAGUGGAUAUUUAGUAAGCCUUUUUUUAGCUUGCAUCAACUGAUAAAAUGUAUCAAUGACUGAUUGGUUGAAUAUCAUCUUCUCAUUAACUAUUUUCGGAUGGGCCAUAUGAGGGAGGUUUCAUCCCUAAAAAAUGAAUAGUGAAAACUAAUUGGAUUCAUAUCAGACUAGGUUUCUAUAUUUCUGAAAGCAGUCUCAGUUGAAGGUUGCAACAUGAAUCUCGAUUUGACAUUUAUGUGGAGGAUGCAGUUUUAAUCUAGAUAUGGCAUGAAAGCUGAAGUUUCUCACUUUCAUUCUUGGGGAAGUCUGCGAGAGCUCCCUAUUUACGAGUUGACUGUGGAUCUCUGUACCAUUUUCAAACCAUUGGUAGAUGUAAUUACUCCCCUUGGACUGAACACCUUUAGCUUUUGCUCAUCUACAUAGCCUAAGACUGGAGAAAAAAAAGGAAAACCGGUUCUCUUUCCACAUUUACAUUCUUUCUGUGAGGUACUAUUUUUCGAUCAUUGAUAUAAUGAUUUUUCUGAUAAAUGACUAAACUUAUCAGAGAUAUACAUACCUUGUCGUCCUGGAUAUAAUCUCCAAAUAAAAGAGAAAAGUCAGGCUUCUACCUCCGAUCAUUUUUUUUUGUGGCUGCAGAAGCAAAUGAUAAUAUACUUUUAUUUUCUAGUGGUCUUAUUGUCAUCACUAUGCAUGUGCUGUGCCAAAUGAUAGUUUUGCAACACCUAGCUGUGCCGUUUUUGGUUGUCUUGACGAUUUUAGUCUUGAUAAUGAGCCAUCUUCUUUGGCUGUAUGUGCACAUUAUCUUUCUCUGUCAGCUGAAGUUUAAAUUGUUGAAACAUGAAAUUUUUCAGGGGAUUCUCUGUCCAUUUGGGAAAUUGAGAAGCUAAGAUCAAAUACAAUCAAGCAGCAUACUGUUUCAAGUGCAUUUUCAUGCGCAAAGGUAGUCUUAUGUUUAAUUAUUUUCUAACAGCAGAAGCAAAUUCGUCGUAUCUAAAUGACAGCUAUCCUAUUUCUGGUGUCAUCACCUUUAUUACUGAACCCUUGUUAGAUUAUGACAAUGCAUUAGUCAUAUAUGAAGCAGUUUGCUUCUUUCUUCCAAUGAAAGGAUUCCUGGUCAGAACGAUGUGUUCAGACAUUGUUCAGACUUCUAGCUAAUGUCUCAAAUGUGAGUUGAAGGCUUGAUCACACUCUGUCCUAGUUUUGCAUUCAUACAUUUUGGGUCUCAUAAGUUGACUAAAAACUAAUUGAAACGUGGCAUAAUCACAUUUUAUUGUAACACCUGUCUCUCAAAAUACCAGCUAAUAAAGUAUGCGGUGUUGGGCAUAAUUUCAAUGAUUUGGAUUGGUUUCUCUUUUUUGAAAUCUUCAGUGCACAUUUGGAUUGCCUGGUUAGCUGGUUAAUUCUUCUUUAAGAGUUUUAUGCACAUACGAGUUGGUAUGAUUCUGCUAAAAAUUUUGCACAUUCCAAAUCCCAAUGUGACAUCAAGUCAACUUUGCAUCUAGGCAUAUCCUCAUUGGUGAUUUCAUAGUCUGAUGGGCUGCUUCCUUUAAGGACUAUAGUAGUUAUGGUUUUUGCAGUUGAAAAAAUGUUCCUGUAUCAUUACAAAGUCUAAACUUGCUUGCAUUCUGGUACGAUUCGACCAGAAAAAUCCCUUGAUUAGGAGACAAAAGCAGGGAAAGGCGACAAGUAACAGGGAAGAGGAAGUAGAACUGACUAAAUUCAUAAUAGAAUCCAAUCACUAGAGGGGAAAUGGUUCAAGAGGUUUCCCCCGUCUCUCCACAAUGAAACUUCCAAAAGAUGAUCUCUACAUUCCUGGUGGUUUCAAUCUAUUUCAUAACCUCUGGACCAAUCUGCCCUCCCCGAACUCUACUUAUUGAAGGCUUGUCUGACUUUUCUUCCUUUUUCAGUUGUAUUUUAAUAGUGGGUCAUAUCAUUACUUCUUCCCUUUUCUUUCACCAUGUCCUCAAGGUGAAAAUUAAAAAUUAGAGUUGAAAGGAACUCAUUGGUUCCCAAGAAGCUUUGAAGUCUGGGAGGUGCUCCCAUUUGAUUAGGACCUCUAGACUAAGGGCGGACCUCACUCCCAGCACUUCUUGGAGACAAACAUCCCAAACCAUGUCUUUGCCUAAGCGUUGGGGGAGGGGUUGACCUCAAUUAGUAGGACCUAGCUAACUGCUAUAAGAUUCGGGCAUGUCAGAAGCAAAGCAGUGCAUGUCUUUCUAAAUAGGUUACUUCCGACUAAUUCCUCUCUAAUUCCUUCAAUUUUGCGAGAGUUUCAUGGCAUCCUUAUAAGAGGGUAUGCAAAAUACACCAAGACCUAUAAGUAGGUUGUUAUGCAUGUAUAUUGGCCUAGAAUAAAGAGGAAAAUAGUUGUCAGAUGAAUGUGAGGUUCACCAAUGAAAUAAGAUUUCCUUCCUUUCCCCUAUAAGGUUACUCCAACCUCUCCCAAUUUUCGACCAAAUUUGGGAAGACCUCUCAAUGGACUUCGUUGAAGGGCUACCCAAAUCAACUAGAUACAGUGUAAUUUUAAUCAAAGUAUAUUGAUAUGUGGAUAAUGAACCAUUGGUGGAGGUAAUGACACCACUUUUGCACGGCCAUCACAAUGGCAAUUAACUCAUUUUCAUAAGCUGACUUGACCGUGUGUUCCUCUCUAGUAAAGCUUAACUGUAAUAAGUGACUGGUCUCUUAUGUUGGAUCAACAUGGCUCCCACUCCCUAACAUAAUGCAUCAAUCUACAAAUUAAAGGGCUGAGAGAAAUCAGGUAAGGUAAGUACCAGAGUAGUGGACAUGGCUUGUGAGGCUAUCAAAGGUUUGCCGUGCAUCAAAACUCCAUCUGUAGACACCCUUCUUCAGUAGUUGUGUGUAGUCGAGAUAACACACGGUCUGGAGCUCUGAUAGGCUCCCAGCACUCGUGGAAGAAGAACUCUAACUUUAUUGAUCAAAAACUGUUUACAAGGAGAGUGGGAUCCAGUAUUUAUACCAGAUCCCUAGAAGGUUCUAGACAUAUUAAUGUAACACGAAAUGAAAGGUACAUGAGGACAUAUUUGUAAACAUGUAAGGUAUACAUGUUAUUAAGUACAUCUUGACAACACUCCCCCUCAAGCUGGUGAAUGGAUGUUGUCCAUUCCCAGCUUGGGAAUAAUCUUCUAUAGUUGUGUCCCUGAGAUGCCUUUAGUAAGCAUGUCUGCCAACUGAUUAUUUGUUGAAAUGUAUGAUAUACAAAUCAUAUUGGCCUCAAGUUUCUCUUUGAUGAAAUGGCGAUCAAUCUCCACAUGUUUGGUACGGUCAUGCUGUACUGGGUUGUGCACUAGAUUGAUUGCUGACUUAUUGUCGCAAUAAAUCUUCAUAGGACUGAAUAAAGGAACUUGUAACUCGUUAAGUGAGUUCUUGACCCAAAGUAACUCACAUAUUCCUUGGGCAAGUGCCCUAAGCUCAGCCUCAGCAACUACAUUUUGUUUUUUACUCCUCUAAGUGACAAGGUUGCCACCAACAAAAGUAAGAUGACCGGAGGUUGACCUUCGAUCAAUUGUUGAGCUUGCAUAAUCAGCAUCUGUAAACAUCUCAACCUCUACCUUUCCACUUCGUCUAUAAAGAACCCCUUUUCCUACUGUGCCUUUGAAAUAAUGUAGCACUCGGUAGGCAGGAUGUAAAUUACACUCUUUAGGUUGAUGCAUAAAUUCGAUAUACUCACUACAUAUGAGAUAUCCGGUCGAGUGUGUUAGAUAAAGUAGUCGGCCAAUGGGACGUUGAUAUAUCUCACGGUCAAUAGAAAUUUCCUCAUCUGUCAUACACAAUUUCUGAUUUGGAUCAAUAGGUAUAUUGGUUGGUUUACAUGCAAAUUUUCCUGUUUCAGCUAACAGAUCUAUUAUGUACUUUCGUUGAGAAAUAAAAAUGCCUUUAGAAGAACGUGCCACUUCGAUUCCUAAAAAAAUACUUGAGUCGUCCCAAAGUCUUGACAGCAACCUCUUGGGCCAAACAAUUGCUCAAGUUUUGGAUCUCCCCUUCAUCAUUUCCUGUGAAGAUAUCAACAUAAACUAAUAGAACUGUAACUCCCCUUGAAGAAAAGUGUUUUAAAAAUAAUGUGUGAUCAGCAUUACUUUGGUUGUAAUUCAUUUCUUCAUGGCUACUGUAAAUCUUCCAAAUCAUACACGUGGAGACUGUUUGAGGCCAUAAAGGGAUUUCUGUAACUUGCAAACAAGAUUAGAUGAAUGAUUACCCUCAUAUCCUGGUGGAAGACUCAUGUAGACUUCUUCAACCAAAUCAUCAUACAAGAAGGCAUUUUUAACAUCAAAUUGUGAAUAUUCCAGCUGAAAAUUACUGCUAAGGACAGUAAAAAACGAACUGUAUUCAUUUUGGCCACUGGUACAAAAGUCUCUUGAUAAUCUAUGCCAUAUCUUGUGGAUAACCCUUAGCCACCAGUCAGGCUUUAUACCUCUCAAUCGAACCAGCUGAUUGAUAUUUCAUUGUGUACACCCAGUUGCAACCAACAAUCUUCUUCUCUCGUGGUAAUUCCUCUGGAUCCCAUGUCUGAUUUUUUGCAAGAGCUAUCAUCUCAUCAUCCAUGGCUUGUUUCCACUUAGGAUUGGAUAGAGCCUCCGAGAGAUUUUUUGGAAUAGUAGUGGUGUCUAUGGAUGCAAGGAAUGAUUGAUAGGGUGAGGAAAGUCUGUGAUAAGACAUAAAAUUGGCAGCUAGGUACAAGGGUGUUUUUGUACACUCCCUUAUAGGUUUGCACAGGGCAAUGGGAAGUGAAUCAUGAGGUAGGACUGCAGGAUCAUCAGAUGAAGGAGAUAUUAAUGGCUGUAUAUUUUCUAAGGUCAGAUCAAAAUCUUGGAUUUUUGGUGAAUCUUGAAUUUCCUGUUGCCUGGAAUAAACCUUGCCAACCUUAGGUCUUCAGUAAGCGAAUUCAAUAUAGGACUGAGUAUUUUAGGGACUGAAAUAGGAAUGAAUAGGUUACCAGCUGAAGACGAGAGUGAAGAAUUUACAUGUUGAUCCAUACGAGCUGUAGAAAAUAGAUGUUGAUCACUGGAUGGAGAUUCUUUAAAAUAAGAAUCAGAUUCAUGAAAUGUAAUAUCCGGUGAAAUAAUUUUUUUUCUAGAAGGAGGGUGGUAACAUUUGUACCCCUUUUGAUUGGUAGCAUAACCAAGAAAUACACAUUUAAGUGAUCUCAGUUCUAGUUUGCCUUUGGUUUGAUUAUGAACGUGAACAAAAGAGAGACAACUAAAUGUCUUAGGUUCUAGCCUAGUUUUAAGUUGUGGUCUGAGAAAAACUUGGCUAAUGAAUCUAACGGGCUGAGGAAGCGUAAGGUUCUAGAUGGUAAUCGAUUGAUGUGGGGUAUAGACACAAGUGACUUCUAAAAGAUGACAAUUUUUUCUUCAAGCUAAACCAUUCUGCUGUGGGGUAUAGACACAAGAGGAUUCAUGUAUGAUGCCCUCUAUUUGGAAGUAUAAAUUCAGAUUUUGGCUAAAAUGCUCUUUAGCAUUAUCAGAUCUGAAUUUUUUAAUACUAGUGCCAAACUGAUUUUUUAUCAUGGCACAAAAAGAUUUCAGAACAUCACACACAUCAGACUUUUAUUUGAGAAGGAAGACCCACAUACAUCUUGUACAAUCAUCAAUGAAAGUGGCUAACCAUUUAUUACCACAAAUGACAUUAAUGGGACAUGGUCCCCAAAUGUCACUAUGAAUUAGGAAUUAAAGAACAUCACUACUUUCCCCUUGAGAUUGAAAUGAAGUACAUGUAUGUUUAGAAAGUUCACACACAAUACAUUUAAGACUGUCCAAUGACACCUUUCGAAAUAAUGUAGGAAAAACUAUUUUCAAAGUGCUAAAGGAUGGAUGACCCAUCCAUUGGUGAAGUAAUCAUAUCUUAAGGACAUCUUCUAGAGGUUCUAGAGAUUGACCCCCUUCCACUAGGAUGUGUUUGGCUCAGUCCUUCUAGAAGAUAAAGACCUUCUCGUUCUCUAGCAACUCCAAUCCUCUGAUGAUGUACCUUAUCAAACAUGACGCAGACAUCUUCAUCAAAAAAGACAUGAUAAGGUGAGUCUCUAACAAGUUUUUUAACUGAAAUGAGGUUUGUAAAUAACUUGAGCACAUGAAGAAUAUUAGUAAGAACCUCUAGAGGUUCAAGUCUAAUGUCUCCUAUACCUGCGAAGGUUAGAAAAGAUCCGUCUGUAAUAGUCACUUUUCUGUCACUAGGACAGGGGUUGUAUUUGGUGAAAAGGCUGGGGGAGUUGGUCAUGUGGUCUGUUGCUCUUGAGUCCACUACCCAAUUAUUAAAAAUAUCUCUAGAAGAAACUCUAACUCCAAGAGAGUGGUGAAACAUACCAAGCUGAAUUAAUGAGAACUGUGUCACUGUCGACUUCAGUUUUUUUAACUCAAUUUAAAGUCGCUCUAUAUCCUCAAUCUGAGGAGAAGAAGAAUAUUGAUUGAUUUGAGAAUCUGAAGACUCACUAGUCGGUAAUCCUGCUGCCAAAUGUGAUUGACUGCCAUAUUUUUCAAUGCCAAAAUUUUGUGGUUUAUCAUGUAGUUUAUAACAUCUGUCUCUAGUGUGACGAGCUUUCCUACAAUAUGUACACCACAGAUUAUCAUGAAAAUCAGUCUUCUGAUUUCUUCCUUGGCCAUGGUGGGGCUAUUUAGCUUGAUCUGGGGCUUUCUUCAUAAUUUCUCCCUAUUUAAUCAUAAAUGUAGUAUUGUCAACUUCAGGCACUGACAACAUUAAUUUCUGACGAGUUUCCUCAUUUAAAAUGAUAGAAAUAGCUUCAUCCAAGUCACAUUUCCUUUCACGACUCAAAAUCUGUUGUUUGACUUGAUCAAAAAUAGAAUUAAGUCCGGCCAAAAAUUUAAACACUCUUCUUCGUUCUAUAAAAUGUCGUAGGACAACAAUUUCUGCAGGUUUUUCUUUAUCAAUGCUGAGAUAAUAAUCGAUUUCCUGCAUGAAUUUUUCAAUUCUCCUAUAUAUUCCAUCACAGAUUUAUUUCCUUGAAUUGUGGACAUGAAUUUUGUCUCAAGCUCAUAUAAAUGUGCCUCAUUAUUUCUUUGUGAGAAUUUCAUAUGAACUGUUUCCCACAUAUCUUUGAUUGUAGAUAGAAAAAAUCUUGGCUAAUUUGAGGAAUCAUUGUUCCCCAAAGCCAGGUUUUGAUUAAUGCAUCUUCUUCUCUUCAUCUACAAAAUUCUCGAGACAAUGGAUCCGGUUUCCCCUCAAUUAGAUGAUGUAACAUCCCUCUUCCAGUUUAUACCUCUCGAACAUAUUCUGACCAUUGAAUCAAAUUGUAUCCAGUCAAUUUGAACACUGCAGGCAUUGUAGGAAGUUCUAUGAGUAAUCUUGGACCACUUGGACCAAGAUUAACUUCCCUUGUGGAGGUUGGAUCCCCCACAGAUGAUGAAGAAUUGUCUCCCACAUUCUCCAUUUAAAGAGGAUGUCCAAAUUUCACGAAAAAAUCAAAUUCGUGCACAAAUCGCAAUAGAGACAAGAAAAAACGGUGCAAGAACCGUAAUAAACAAGUAGAUCAGUGCGAAAGUAGAGAAAUGGAGCGAUCACACCUAGAUUCGCUCUGGAAGAAACACAGCUAAGGAGAAGAUCCCUUGCUGGAAGUGUAUGGCGCUUGUAACUCCAGCAGACGAUGGAGAGAACGCCGACAAAGCAGCGUCAACUGUGAUGGUGCUGAAAAAUAGGGUUUAAAAUCCUAGAAUGGCUCUGAUACCAUGUAGUCGAGAUAACACACGGUCUGGUGCUCUGAUAGGCGCCCAGGACUCAUGGAAGAACUCUAACUUUAUUGAUCAAAAACUGUUUACAAGGAGAGCGGGAUCCAGUAUUUAUACCAGAUCCCUAGAAGGUUCUAGAUAUACUAAUGUAACACGAAAUGAAAGGUACAUGAGGACAUAUAUGUAAACAUGUAAGGUAUACAUGUUAUUAAGUACAUCUUGACAACAUUGUGUCAAUAACCAGCUAAUGGUUGCAUAACCCACUGCUAACUUACAGUAAUAACCAAUCAGACCAAAGAAGUUCCAAGACUCGAAAAUUUUUGGGGGUUGGUCAGUUGACCAUUGCUGUAAUCUUUCGUUAUCCAUUGCUACCCCUAUUGUUGAGAUACAAUGCCACAGAUAUUCCAGCUGUUUUCAGCCAAAGAAGCAUUUCUUUUUAUUAAUGUGCAGGUGGUUCUCAGCUAGAAUUGAAAACACUUGUAAUAGGUGGUUUUUGUGCUCCAAUUGGGUUUUGGUGUGGAUGAGUAUUUUAUAAAAAAACCAAGACAAAAUUGUGGAGGUUGAAAAUUUCUGUGCUCCAAAAUUGUGGAUGGGUUUUGGUUUUUGUGCUCCAAAAUUUUCGCCCCUACCUACCCUACGUAGGUAGGGGCAAAAAUUUUGAUUCAUUAAAGAUUGGAAUGUGAUCGGUGCAUUGGAUGACUCAAAAGGCAUUACAAUCAAUUCAUAAUGUGUGGGCAUUACAAUCAUUUUGAUUUGUAAUAGUUAAAUUUGAGAUCUAAUUUAGUGAAAUAAUCAUACUAUGAAGCUCGUUCAAGAACUCAUUCACUACUGGUAUGAGAAACUUGUUUGGUACAGUUAUCUUAUUGUGUGCCCAGUAGUCUAGACAAAAACAUCAACUCCCUUCUUUUUCGUAUAGACUGUUGGACGGUUGAACAAUUCUAACAUCACAUAAAUUUUGAAACAAGAAUUCAAUUUCGUCUUUUUUCUUGAAGUGUGAACAUUUGUAAGGAUCAGUUGCAAAUUGGGAGAUCACUUUGGGCCCCUUCGCAUCCAGUAGUUGAUGUAAUUCCACAAGUAGCGAUUGGCCCUUCUUCAUUUCCAUGGCCCGCAACAAGAUGCCUAUCUUGCACAUGCUUGUAUCUCACUUGAGGGUCUUUACUACACCUUUGACCAAAACUUCAUUGUUAACAAGCCCAGUGUAUGCGUAUCCAUCUGACUGAUUUGAGCCACUGCUUAUUGAGGAUUACAUCGGUGCUCCUAAGUUGCAAUGGUAAGUAGUGUUCUACCAUAGUCAAUCCUUGCAUUUUCAAAACCACUCCCUGACAUAUUCCUUUCCCUUUCGUAGAGUGACCGUUUCCCAUGAUUAUGCUAUAGAUGGUCGAAUCACACAGGGGUAACUGGACCUGUUUGAUCAGUUUUAUGUGAAGAAAAUUGUGGUUUACACCACAAUGCAAUCAGGUGAGCCCCGCAUAGAGUUUUAAAGAGAUCUUGGGUAUGCGUGUCUCCUUUUCUUGCUAAGAAUCUUUCUCCACAGGAGCCCAAUCCUCAUCUGGUGUACUAUGAUGAUUCCUGUUGUCCUCAUUGUUUUGUGUAUCUGUGAUUGGGGAUAUAUUUAUUGUCACAAUAAAAACAGAUACCUUUUUCACAUCGUUCUUGGAGUUCAGCUUUGGUCAAUUGUAGACACUUCUUCCUUCCGCUGGCGUUUGAUCUGCCCAUUUAUUGCUUUGUUUUUUUCUAUCCACAUGAAAGACUAAGGCGAGAAAGCUCAUAAAGUUUGUUGUGGGUUCUCAUCUUUCAGAAUCCUGCCUAGAGGACUCUGUUUCAUUAUGUCACGGUAGAUAGCCUUCUUGUUUGGGAGCAACCUAUUUGGAAGGCUUGGUCGGAUUUCUGAUCCAGGCUUCCCAAAGCAUGUGAAGAUUCUCCUUUGCUUGUUGAGACGUAUCCAUGAUUUCUCCAAGUCCCACUGGCUUGAACAUACUGAGUUUUUGAUUGAAUUUUCGGUCUCAGCCCCUUGACGAAUGUGUGCUCCAUUAUUUCUUGAGGGAUGUUAGAAAGGUAUGUAGAGAGCCCUUCAAAUUCUCAUCUGCAAUUAACAACUAAACCUUCUUAUUUUAAAUUAAGGAACCUCUAAUAACCAUUACUGAAGGUGGAAGAUGCAAAUCAUUUCUACAGUUCGAGCUUGAAAUCCUAAUCUUUGAAAAUAUAUUUACCUCCAUUCUAGAGAAACCAUUCUAGGGCUUCUUCAUUUAAGCUCAGCAUUAUAGCCUGGAGUUUUCUCCUUCUAGUAUCUGGGUGAGCUUGAAGAAGUGUUCAGCUCGGCAUACCCAACCCUCUAGUUUGGUCUCAUUGAAAACGCAGAUCUCCUUGUGAUAGGCCAGUCCUUAAUAGAGUCCUGACUUGUGACGGGAGGGGAAUUGAACUUAGAUGUAGCAAGUUGCAUCAGGUCUCUGGGAAAUAGGUCAAGAACGGCUACAAUCAUCACCUGGCCUUUUGGAAGAAGUUGCACAUUCCAGCAUCGAGAUACAGACAUCCUUUUUCUGGGUCGAAUGUGGCAAACUGUUCUGCCAUGCGCUGGGGAAAAUAAUUGAACAUUUGUGACAUUUUGCUGCUCAUCCUCUGUUGUGCCUCCUUGAUGCCUUUCAUGUCAGCGAGAAUCAAUAACCUUCAGUGCCAUCUGUGCUUAGGUCUGGCUCCGAUACCAGAAUGGUACGAUCUAACUAAGAAAAUCCCUUGGUUAAGAGACAAAAACAGGGAAAUGGGACAAGAAACAAUGAAGAGAAGGUAGAACGGACUAAAUCCACUUUGGAAUCCAGUCACAAGUGGGGAAAUGGUUCAAGAGGUCUCCCCUGCCUCUCCACAAUGUGACUUCCAAACGAUGAUCUCUACAUUCCUGAGGGUUUCACUCUAUUUCAUAACCCCUGGAUAAAUCUGCCCUCCCAAAAACCUUACUUAGUGAGGACUUUUCUGACUUUUCUUCCUGCUCUGGCCAUAGGUCAACAGUGGGGUCAUAUCACAUUCUUUCCUGUCUUAGUUACUGUUGGAAAUGGAGAAAAAACCUCGUCACAAAAGACGAACGGGAGAACGGUGGAAACCACCUCAAGAUUCAUUCAACUCUAAUCCCCGUUAUAUAGGGAGUAAUACACAAACUUUGCCAAAACACCCUCAACUAAUUACACUAUUUCCGUACGACCUAGAACUUCCAACCGUUACUAUCUUGGUUCAGGCUCUUAAAUUGCAUCAACUAACAUUAUCUUUGAUGAUUGGAUGAUAAAUUUAAUUGUUCUUGUUGUGUUCUUUUGAAAAACGUUCAUAUAUUGCUUUGAUGAGGAUCACAAUGCCAGAAGACCUUGGCCCCUUGUGGUUUAAGAAAUUUUUGUGGGGCAGACUUUUUCAUGAUUGUGGAAUCUAUUAACCGUUUACUCUUCCUGCAUGUGGGCAAGGUCUUCAGGGAUUUUCGAACUUCACUAUCUAUUUUUCACGGGACUGUUGGAACGUUUCGGUUUUAUUCAGUGAAAUACUGUCGUCUGUUCUUUCCGUCACACUGAAUUUUCAUGAAGAGUUGAUACAUUUUACUGUUAAAUAAUACACAUGCUGGAUUUUUUAUAUUUAAGCACCUACCAUUUUACUGUUAUAUGGACUGCAAACGGAAAUCGAACAUCCGAUUUUAUUUUAGAGUUUCUUAUUUUACUAGACAGUUGACUUUGCCUACAGGAAACAGCUUUGACAUACUGAUAAGUGCUAUUUGGCAUAUCCUUUACAGGGAUUUAUACUCGAACGUAAACCAGAGAAUGCUGCUGCAAUAAUUAAUGUCCUCAACGAGGUGCCAUUUAUUUAUUUGUUUGUGCAUUUCUUACUUAUUUAUAGUUUUUAAUCUAUUAUUCACUCUCUUUAUUUUGCUGCCAAGAACCUUAGUUCGAGGUCCCAUAAUCAUUCUAGAAAAAUUUCCAGAAAGGGGUGUUUUUUUUAUUUUUUAAAUUAUGGUCUUGAUGCAUGACAAUUGACGGAGAAGGGUGAACUCGAAAACAGGUCUUCGAAGUUACAGAGUUGUAAGUGAUUCUGGGGAUGGUUGCUUUGUAAGAAUCGCACAAAUAUCAGAUAAUAAUAUAUAUCUUUAUAUAUAUAUAUAUAUUACCAUAGAUAACAUCACAUGAAUCGAAUGACUCAAUCAAUGUCACGAAAUGUGGAAAAUAGCUUUUUUAUGUCUCCAGUUUCACAUUUUGCUUUGAUCACUUUCUGAUAAAAAUUAUAAAUUUAAAAAAUGAGACAUUCCAUUUUUUUUUUCAACAGAAUCUGCCCGAUGAAAAGAAGCCAACCAUUGCAAGUGAACUUCAGAAAUUGGUAAGUGAAUGGUCACUGGAGGUAUUGAAGCGGCAAAAAAAGGCAAACAGGAAGGUAAUAAUAAAUUCCAGUUCAUUUUACGAACCAGAGUCCUCCAAAAUGCGUUUUGCCAUCAUUUGCAUGAGCCAAAAUAGAUUAUUUAUUGCACUACUAUAGUGCUGGCUCUGUCCUGUUGCAUCAUUUUCGUUUCAGAAAUCUUACAUUCCUUUUGGGUAACCUCCCCAGUUUAUUGAAUUUCUUACAACUUAUCUUCCAGUAUGUCAUACGGGUUAUUCAAGGAGUUUUUCAAAUGUGACUGUUACCUGUAUUUUGAUAUCUGUUCCCUUCUGGCGCCUCUGAAUGUAAUCUAAUAUUCUUUCAUUCAGCUAGUUCAUUAUUCACGAACUUGAUACUGUCUUAGCCAUUGUUAAUAGGAUGCCAUUUAUGCCUACUUAUCGGAGAUGCUGUGUGUAAAUAAAAUUUAUACCAAAUGAAAUUUCCUUUUCACUGUUGAUGGUGGGAUUGGCAUAAAUGUUCACAACAACUAGAAAAGGGGAGUUAUUGUAGAGGUUGGUGGUUUCUUUCAAUUGCAUGAAAGUAUCUGCAAAAUUUCAGUCUCUGGACUUCAUUUUGUUCUUAAUACGGGAAACAACUCUAGAUCUCAUUGAAACCCUUCCCCGGUGUAUAUAUUAACUGUCAAGAGUUUUUCCGCAGAGGGCUUUUUGAGGUUGAUAUCCUGUAUACUCCACAUAUUGGUGUUCAAACCUGCUUAUAUCCAUUGCCUUCCUGUUCCCUGACUGUACAUAGCUGUUAUGAAGAAUUCAUGGCCGUGUCUGAGGGAAAGCCAUAGAAUUAGUGGCUCUUUCACCUUAUUUUUUUCUUGGAGUUGACGUUUAUGUGUUAAUCUAAUGUCAAUGCAUCUAAUUUCAAUAUGGAAAGAUAUUUUCAAUUUCCUUAUUUCUCGUCUAACACUCACACUUCUUAAGAGCACAUCUUCCAUGCCACCUUAGAGCUUCAUUGAAGGUGUUAAUUAUUUGCAUAUAUAGAAAAAUUGCGUUGAUUAUUCCCGUCUUGGUAAAUAUCAUAUUGAUUGCCUUCAUCAUCAUACCAGACGUUCCUUGUUCUUUCCCAUUCGUCGUGUAACUAAAGAAUAUUCUUCAUUUGAAAAGCACAAGUGACUGGUGUUUUUCCUCAUACUCCCUACCACUCAGGGAGCAAAAUGAUUUAGUAAAUUUUUCAUCAUCUGAACGUUCUCUUCUAUCUGUUGGGCUCCUAAAUUGUCUAACCUUACGUUCAUCAUCAACGCCUGUGGUUCUUCCUUGUGCUUUGUUUUUCUCAAUGCCAGUCAAUUAUGAAUUUUCAAAUCUUCACCGUAAUGCUCUCCCCAUCAAUCUCCACACUCUGCCAGAAGUUCAGUGCUCAAUAGUUGUCAAUAUUCUAACCCGAAUUUUCAUUACUCUUCUCCAUUGAGUUCAGGUGAUGGCCACCUCACUAAAGAACGACAUUUUUGCUAUGAUCGCCUCCUUAUUGAACAUGGGGUUAGAGGUGGCGGUGAACAUGGAAGAGCUCAAAUGCUGA